AUGCCAUCUAUCCUAGAAGACCCCUCCUCUCGCAUCCCCCCACCACCAACACACACUAUGACCGCAUCGUCUCUCAAACCCCGACACACCACUCUCCCCAAGGCAUCUAAUGUCGGCAUCACGCUCUAUCCGAUCGCUCACGGUCCCAAAAGUGUUCCGUGGGACCUGGUGAAGUUCCUUCACGCCGAGUUCAGCGCGGAAAUCGAGCGCGGAGCUACAUAUCCCAUGGAAAAUCCAAUGGCCUUGGAGCAAUUUGCCGAGUACUGGUUUGGGACCUUUGCGGUUGUGGCUGUUCUGGACGAUGAGGUGGAAAAGAAGGAUGAGGAGGAGGAGAGGGAAAAGGGAGAUGGUCGUGAUGGACUUGCAGAGGGCCGUGAUUGGGAAAAGGUGUGUUUGGGAACUUUUUACAUCAAACCGAAUUAUCCUGGUCGCUGCUCGCAUGUCUGUAAUGCAGGCUUUCUCACGACGACCGCAGCGCGGGGCAAAGGAGUUGGCCAGCAGAUGGGCGAGGCGUACUUGGAAUUUGCACCGCAAUUGGGAUACAAAUACUCCGUGUUCAACCUGGUCUUUGCCAAUAAUCCGGCGUCCAUUCGCAUCUGGGAGAAACUCGGGUUCAACGUGAUCGGUCGGGUUCCCAAGGCGGCGAGAUUGGCAAACAGCGAGGAGCCGGUGGAUGCAUUGAUCUUUGGACGUGAGUUGGGGAAUUGA